UGGCAAAAAUUGAACUCAUUUUGUCUAACUUUUUUCAAAGUAGAGCUAAUAAACCUCUAUACAUAACACCAACACCUUCUCCAAAAAAAUUACACACAUUGCAUUAAUGGCAAAUAACUCAUUUUUAUUACACUUUUUGUUGUUUCUUGUUUUUACUUUGAGUUUAUUUUAUGUGGUUUUAUCACAAUAUGAGUUGGAAGAACUUACAUGGUUAGAUGACAAAGAUGAUGAGAUAUCUAUGUUCCAUAGUCAGCAUUCUGCUAUGAAGAGAUGUGAUUUAAGUUCUGGGAAAUGGGUUUUUGAUCAAACUUAUCCUCUUUAUGAUUCAAGUUGUCCUUAUCUUACUGCUGCUGUUACUUGUACAAAGAAUGGUAGACCUGAUACUGAUUAUGAAAAGUGGAGGUGGAAACCUCAUGGUUGUGAAAUUCCAAGGUUCAAUGCAUUGGAAUUUCUUGGAAGGAUGAGGAAGAAGAGAAUAAUGCUUGUUGGUGAUUCUAUAAUGAGGAAUCAAUGGGAAUCACUUGUUUGUCUAGUUCAAUCUGUUAUCCCUAUGGCUAGAAAAACAGUAACCUAUGUUGGCCCUACUAUGGCCUUCCAUGCUAUGGAUUUUGAGACAACGAUAGAGUUCUGCUGGGCUCCUUUCUUGGUGGAACUGAAGAAAGGACCAGAAAACAAGAGAAUAUUGCAUCUGGACAUGAUUGAAGAGAAUGCAAAGUAUUGGAGAGGAGUUGAUGUUCUUGUUUUUGAUUCAGCUCAUUGGUGGACUCACUCUGAUAAAUAUAGUUCGUGGGACUUGAUCAUGGAAGGGAACAGUUUCUAUAGAAACAUGAACCCAAUGAUUGCCUAUGAGAAAGGACUAAUGACAUGGGCUAAGUGGGUUGAUCUGAAUCUUGAUCCUCGAAAAACUCGAGUUUUCUUCAGAAGCAUGUCGCCUCGACAUAACAGGGAAAAUGGAUGGAAGUGCUUCAACCAGAGGGAGCCUCUGGAGUUCUUUAGCCACCCUCAUGUUCCAGAACCAUUAUUGGUGCUAAAAGAGGUGCUAAAAAGGAUGAGCUUUCCAGUAUCAUUCCAGGAUAUAACAACAAUGACAGCUCUUCGAAGAGACGGACAUCCUUCUGUCUAUAAUAAGUUUGUAAGCCAAACUGGUAAGCAGCACCUAGCUGACUAUAAAUCUGAUUGUAGCCAUUGGUGCCUUCCUGGAGUACCUGAUACCUGGAACGAAAUGCUGAAUGUCAUGCUCUAGUUAGUAAAGACGUAGCGUUGACAUAGCUUAGGAGGUCAUCAUUGAGAUGGCUUAUUUUCAAUGUUAAGUUGUCUUUCCUUUUUAUUCUUGCUUGAUGUUUCCAGCACUGCACUUUAGUGUUGAGUGUUAAAUGUUGUAUCCUAUGUAAACAACUGAUGCUUCUGAAUGUGAUAUACUGUGUUAGUCCCAA